UAUUUCCACAUCAGAAGCAAAACAGAACAAAAAACAGAGGAUUCUAUAUAUAAUUUUAUUGUACAGUAUAUAUGGAUGUCGAAAAUGGCAAGAACGGUGAAGCGAGUGUGUUUCGAAUGCCUCUUCAUUACCCAAGAUACUCUAAAAAAGAUUACCAAGACAUGCCAGAGUGGAAGCUCGACAGGGUUUUAGCAGAUUACGGUUUGUCUACUUAUGGUGACUUGGCUCACAAGCGAGACUUUGCUAUUGGAGCUUUUCUCUGGAUUUCAACUCGUAAUCCAAAGCUUAAUCAAGACAAGUCCAUCAACUCCAAACCGACGAAAGAUACAAAAUCAGCUCAUGCAUAAGGUUUUUACGGCUACUAAGCUUAGGUGUUACAAUAAACAAAUUGGUCUAUGUUAUGCUUACAAAAUGAUGUAAUAAAGAAACAUGUAAAUCAAGAGUUUCGUAUAGU